AGGAAAAAAGAAAAGUAGCACUACUACCUGCUACCAAUAAUCCAUGUAUAGAAAACUAUUGAAGUACCUGCUAGCAAUAAUGCAUGUAUAAAGCAACUACUGAUCCUAAUGAGUAAUAUCUACUCAAAAUUAACUUAGAUUGAGAGACUAUGCGAUUCCCAGGAAUAUUGUUGGCCCUGCUGAUCAUUUCACUAGCCUGGGGUUAUCACGCGAUUUUGCGACCUCCCCCUCCGACACUUUGCGGUUCGCAAAAUGGCCCCCCUGUUAGAUCCCCCAGGAUCAGGCUCAGAGAUGGAAGAUACCUAGCUUACAAAGAAGCAGGAGUGCCCAAGGAGAAAGCCAAGUUUAAACUCAUAGUUGUUCAUGGACUUGAUGCUACCAAAGACAUUCUUAUACCUGCAUCUCAAAAGCUUGUGGAGGAUCUGGGGAUAUAUUUUCUUCAAUUCGAUAGGCCAGGAUAUGGGGAGAGUGAUCCGAAUCCGAAGCGAAGCGUGAGGAGUGAUGCUAUGGAUAUAGAAGAGCUCGCGGAUCAAUUGGAGAUUGGGUCCAAGUUCUAUGUGAUGGGAGUGUCCAUGGGAGGUCACCCAGUGUGGGGGUGCUUAAAUUACAUACCUCACAGGCUUGCUGGAGCAGCACUGGUGGUGCCGGUGAUCAACUACUGGUGGCCAUCUUUCCCUACCGAGCUAGCUAAAGAGGGGUUCGGCAAAAUACUUGCGCAAGAACAGAGGGCUCUAUGGGUUGCACAUCACAUACCUUUCCUCUUCCAUUGGUGGAUGACCCAAAAGUGGUUUCCCGCAUCAGCUUCAGCCACAAUGCACCCUGACAUAUUCAGCAAGCAAGAUAAGGAGAUCUUUCAGAAGAUAAUGGCGAUGCCAAUGCUUACCACCGAGAACAAAGCGAGACAACAAGGCGAAUACGAAUCGAUCCACCGAGACUAUCUGAUAGCAUUUGGCACAUGGGAGUUCGACCCGAUGAAUAUAACCAACCCAUUUCCGAACAAUGAGGGAUCUGUUCACCUGUGGCAAGGGCGAGAAGAUAGGAUGAUACCGGCCGAGCUGCAGCGCUACAUAUCAAAGAAGCUUCCUUGGAUACGAUAUCACGAGAACAGCAAAGGCGGGCAUUUGUUCAUGUUAAUCGAAGAAUGGACUGAUAAAAUCCUCAAGGCACUUUUUCUUGGAGAGGAGCCCUCAGAUGCUUAAAAUCUAAAUUUGUGACCAAGCGCUUGAUUUGACUGUUAUUCGCAAACAUAUUUAUUAAGCAAAUAAGAUUUACGACUUCUGAGUUUGUUGUUUGUAAUUCCAGAUAUCUUAAUUGUGUUCAA